AUGGAUGGCGGCCGUUCGCUACCUGAGAGCGCAGUUCGGUACUUUGCCGUCAUCGGCGUGCCCGAUGAGGCAACAUUGCCAGAAGCAGGCGAUGGCCUCCCAGUUCAAGUCCUUCAGCGAUACCCGCAAAAGGACCACAAGGAUGUCAGGUUUCCACCUGCCCUUGCCUCCUUCUGCUUUCCACGAGGAGGCGCCCAAGUGGCAAUGCCGGAAGACGAGAUGGCAGAGACGCUCCAUGGCUUCGUUCUCACGAACGAAGCCGGCGACCGCUGCUUCGGGGCGGCUCUGCACAUCUGGUGCUUCCACUCCUCUGGCGCAUGCCUGCUGCAGAGGGCGCUGGCGGUGGUCAGUACACAGCCUUUGUGGGGGGCUUUCCGUGCAUUCCUCUACAGUUUGCGGUAUUCCGGAAAUUCGCCAGAAAGGUUUGUUGUCAGCUUCGUUUCCGAGACGCCUUUGCCGCCGCCAGGGUUCCAGGUAAUUGUUCCUUGGCCAGAGAUACCAGCGUUCGCACUGCAAAGACCAGCGCCGAACCAGCUGCCCCUGCUUGACCUUCCAGUCAGAUGGCAUGGCAAAGGGCCGAAGGCGUUCGUCUCGGUCACGUUCCCGCCAUUCGCGAAGCUCCUCGACUUCUGGAUUCCGGUACCGGUCACGGGCGCGGAAGUAUCAGAAUCGUCUUUUGAUUCUGGAACAUCUUUUCAAUCCGACAAGUCGAAGCCAAAGAUGGGUGUGCUAUAUUGGGGAGGUGGACUGGAGGGACAGGGUUGGGAUCUGUCUGGUCGCGCACGUGGUGGCUUUCCGCGGAUUGAUCGGUACUCUGAUGCGCUUGUGGAUAGCUGGAAGGGUCGCAUGGAGAAUGCCCAGGUAACUCUGAGAAUGUGCGCUUCCGAGGGGCCAGGCUUCAAGAGAUAUAUGAAACACUUCAUGAUGUUAAGCUCCCAGGCAUGUGUGGAGUUUCGUCUCAAGCAAUACCACCGCUACAACACAGUCAACCGCCGGAAAGUCCUCACCGAGCGCCAAGUCAUCGGAGGAAUCCUGGAUUGCUGGAACCGGACGACUGCAAAUUCCGGUAAUUCUGGUAUGCGAAUCAGUAACGGGGGCCCAGGCGAGCCGAGCUUCAUAGCUUUCUUGCGGCGCCGCGCGCGACGCUACCGGGCACAGGCGCACAAAUUGGGAGGCCACUUUGCUGCAGUGAUCCUGGAAGGUGGCCAAGAAGAGCUGAAGUUUGUCGCCGCUGCCAGGACUCUGUCAGCGGAGCGGAAGUCGAGUAUCAAAAGGGUGCUCUUGAUUUUAGGAGGACCCGACGGAAUACCGGGUGGCAUCCGCCAAGAGAUGCGUCUGGCGCUGGAGGAGUACACGGACUUCCCACUAUUGGGUCUCGCGCUUCCGGGUGGAAUCCUUCACUCAUACUAUGCACUGGCUACGGUCCUGGUGUUUCACGACCAAGGUCUAUUGAUUCCGUAUUUGGAGUUUCAUGUGGGGAAGCCUCGACAAGUUGUGAAGCCGAAGGCUCGUCCGCCCACAAGGCAGGGCGAGAUACAUGAGAUGCCCAGAUCGGCGAACUCCGAGGAUCCGACCAUUCCGAAGGUUCCAGAGCCAUCAGAGCCAUCGGAGCCUCGGGAGGCGCCGCCACGCCCUCCCACCAACAUCACCAACAUCACCAACAUCACUAAUCUCACCAAUGGCCUGGGAGCCUGCACCCCAAAGCCAAAGCCUCCAUCCUGCCCGCCGCCUGCACACCUCCUGGCACAGCGGCCAAGGCUUCCUGACCAGCCUCCCGAAAGGGUCUUCGACGGGCCCUUCUUUGCAGGCAUGUCAGCGCUUUGCGCUUUUGGCGAGAUCUUGGUUGGCUUGAUUUGGCCGUUGAGGCCAGCCGCUGUCUACGUGCCCUUGCUCCCGGACGCGCUUGUCGACUUUUGCGGGGCCCCGCUUCCCUUCGUGCUUGGCAUUUCUUCAGAGAUGGUCCAACGUGCCGAAGCAAUCUGCGAGCCGCAGACGAUGUUUGUUGACAUCGAUCAUGGCGAAAUUCGAGCCAUCCAGGAGAACUGCAUGAGCACCACCUUGGGGUUUUGCUCGACCCGGCCAGUUCUGGUCUCAGACUCUUGA